CCAUGUUGGAUGCGUCCUGAGGGCUGAGCCAACGGCCCUGUUGACUGAUGUGCGGUCGCCCUAAGCAAUGUGUUGCCCCAGUAUCGCAACGCCAGGAGUGUCAAGGUUGGUCUAAACCCCUGAGGCACCGUGGACAGGCGUCCCUUAUUAUAAGCAUUUCUCAUUCUCCUCACCCCCCUAUUAUACGUGACGGUUCUGUUACCUGAAGCAUAUCUUAUAUCUUUGCUUUGGCUCGCCUCCCGACGGGAAGUCAUUCCUCCCGGGAAUUCCUCUCCUUUUCUUGCCCGGUCAGCGUUCCUGGGCGGCUGUUUGUCAACGGGAGCAUUUCCAUGCCCUGAACUCAUAGUCCUAGGCAAUGGAACUGCAAGUCAGGGCACCACUACCCCCGGCACAAUGCCUCUCACCGUCGCCAGACCAUGGACUAUCGAACUCAAGGAGACCUCUGCAUGAGUCGACGGGCAACGCCCAGAACGCUCGCGUGUUGUGGUUUGCCCAGCACCUGCUUCCUUUCAACGCCUUCGCAUCGAUACCAUCUCCAUUGCCCAUGCCGUCCAUCUUGCGAACCCAAUCCCUCGGCGGUGAAUAUAGUGCAUUGCCCUCCAGCAAAUCUCAGCAACGGCAUGACCGUCACGCCCACAGCAGGAGGGUGUCGCAGGGCGUCAACCCCCUCAUGCCCUUGCUGACGCAGGCGUUUCAGAACUAUCGAAAGAAGCAGGCGGACAAGCCAGAUCAGAAAUGGCCCGACGUUCUAGAAGGGCCAUUCUUAGACGCCCUGCUGCUCAUCCCUCAGAUGAGGCGAAAGAAGUACACAAUGAAGCAAACUCAAUAUGGACGUAACAUGUUGAUUGGCGAAUACCUGUGGAUUGCUUACUGCCAAACCCUCCCUCCUGGCGUGGAACCUGACCCGCUUAUGAUGAGAGAAAGGAAAAUGGUGUCGAGCCAUAUUCAGGUGUUCAAGAACUUCUUUUCGAAUCAUCGAUGUUUCCACUUUUUCUUCGGCCAACGACAAGACGACAAGGAUAAGGACAACAUCGAGACAGUGUCGCUCAAGAACAACCCCGUUUUGAUUGCCCUGUCCGAGGGCCGCCUCCCCGAUGAGCGGCCCAACUAUGAGUAUUUCGCCCAGAUUCUCACAUUGAACGAGCAGGUGACAGUCAGGCCGAAACGCUGUUGGAUCUUUGUGUCGCACCAGGAUGUGGUCGUUGCAGAGGACGGAGACGGCUAUGUCCCUGCGACGGGCGAAAAGCUCAGCGAAAGCGAGUAUCCCCACCUUGUGCGUAACCUUGAGCGCGAGACGUGGGCCAAAGAGGAGCAGCAAAUAUUCAAGGGUGGGCUGCUCCACGAGUUCACCAAGGAGAUUCACCAGGUUGAGUCUAGCAGCGUCAGGGAAAUCAGCAGGAAGUGGGAGACGGCGUUCCCCAGUUUGUACCAGAGACUCGAGGCCAUAACGGCUACGACUACGGACGCGCAGUGUGAUAUCCUACACAUGCACGUGACGCUCGAGCUCAAGGAGAGGCGCCGGUUUCCGAGCCAGUCUGAACUCAACUCGUGGGUUGAGAUCAACAUUGAGCAGCCACGGCUGCUCAACCAUCGCUGGAAGGUACACACGGUCCUGGCGAGGCCAGAAGAGCUCAGCUAUUCGCAUGACGACGCGCCCCCGGAGCUGCUGUACGAGACUUCUGCCGAGAUUGCCAUGCAGUACCAGCACCGGCCUGGCUGCGAAGGCGCGCGGGAAGGUGGUGGCCAGUGCGAUUGCAUCUCGCAACGCUGCCGCAGAGAUUACGUUACUGUUCCCUUCCCGGCCGACGUCUGGGCGCUCACAUUGACAAACUGCGCCGAGUAUCCAGCUCACCCGUUCAGCGACGGCAAGAGGCAUGACAGAGGGAGCGGCCCUAUCGUCAAAAGGGAGGAUGACCAUGACGGCGAGCCACGGUCUCGUCGCCGAAACCGGCAGUCCACACAAAUGGACCUUGUGCCAAAGAUUGCCAUGAUGCAAGAGAUCUGGUCGUGUCCGCCGAGUUUGCCGCAUGAACGCAGCCAACGGUGGACGCGCCGGGCGUUGAUUCUCUGGACAUUCGAGACGAUCCACAGCAUCGAAGACGGUAAACUUGUCACGGCCCAGGGCGGGAGGACAAACUGGCGCUUCCUAACGAUUCUUGACCCCGCCAGCGAAUACCACCAGCAGCGAGCCAUAAUAAAUCCAAGAAGGACCUCCUCAUCGGAUGGCUACGGAGAGCAUUCAAGCGGGCUAGCCUCGGGCGUACCGCCCAGCUCCCGCGAUAUCGUCACGUCCCCCAGCCCAAUCUAUCAACCAGACAUGAGCGCGAGUAUAAGCGAGAACUUUGCAGCGUGGGACAAUGCGGGCGGACUGGGCACUCUGUCCACCUCAGCGGCGCAGGCGGCCUACAGCGCUCACCUCAUGGCCCAGACGUCAGCAUCGCACACCACGACUGUCCAAGCUGGGUAUGAUCUGCUCGGUAGUCUUAACAGUCACAGCGGCCUAGCCACUCCGCCCCCGAGUGCCACCCUAACAACCUCAUUUGCUCCGGGGUUUGAUACGGCAUCCAACAGUGCCGGCAUUCACCCGGGCUACAUACCCAGCCAUGUAGCGGCAACGACAGCCGGCAUGGAUGCAUGCUCACAAGGGCUUGGGAGCAGCCUUGCUGCCGUGACGGACCCCUUCCUAGCCCACGUCAGCAACGCAACCUAUGGCGAAUCGCAGGACAGUAUCCACAGCUGGAGCGACCAUGCUAUCGGGAGCAACAUGGACUCGGCAGCCGCGUGGCCAUCAACAUACCCCAGCACCAGCGCCAUCGCCGGCGGAAGCUACAGUCACAGCGUAGCUGGGACUUGGACAGAAUCGCAGCUGCAGAGUGCCCCGGCCCGUGGUAGCAGCGAGCAGAGGAGAAGCAGCUCGAAUGCCGAGCAACACCAAAGCCAAGGGCAGCAACAGCAACAACAGCAACAGCAUCACCGACAACAACAGCAGCUUUCACAACAGGUUUGGAUCCCCAGCGAUACCACGGGCAACGAGCACGACAUCUGGACGCCGGUGACGUCCGCCCACACACCAGGUGAAUCGGCAGCCACCGCCACCACCACCAACACAACGCAGCCUGGUAGCAGCCACGACCACCACAAGGCUGCGGGGGAAGCUGAAUGGGUACUCAUCCACAGCACGGCAACCUCUGCAGCGGGCUGCGAUUCGGACCUGUCCCAGGACUGGGAAGAGAUUGCGGCGCCGUCCUCCUCUGUGUCGUCCUCCUCCAACUCCCACUCCCCUUUCAUGCCAAUUGAAACGGCAACGCGAGCGGUAAAAGUUAUAGCGGAGGUGGAAGAAAUCCUUCGCCGCCACGGGGGAUUUCCUCCUCGUACUGCUACGCUGAUGAGCCGCCUCAAGCGCCGGCGCUCGGACAGCUCGGUGGAUGGUGAUGAAGAACAGCAGGAAGGGGAAACGGGAGUUUGCCGCCGGAGGCCGAGGUGCUGAGCUCCCCCACCCCAAGGGAGACUCUCUGAUGAUGCUGAGACACUGCCACUGGGUUUUCUGUUAGUCUCAUCUCUCUCUUUUUGUUUUCGGUCUCUGGUGCUGUGGUUCCCUGUCUCGUCGCCGUCCAACCGGCGACGCUUUAAUCAGCCGGCUAUACAUGUAAUCAGACCUAGGUGCGCAGUGUAUUAGCAGCCAUGGACAGAGGGGCGCUUUGGACGGCGUUUUGGGAGAGAUGAUGUCGGGGUUGAACAAGAAAGGGGGGGUUUUGUAAUACGUGGUCGUGUACGUAUCAGAGAAGUUGAAUAAUAACUAGCCAACGGAAAAUAAUGAGAGGACACUUUGACAAACCUCAUCCAUGCGGCUG